AUGCCUUUCCCUCGUCUUUACCCUGAUUCGGGCGUCCAGUACCGUCUGCGAGUGAUUGCAGGCACUGAGGACAACAGCACCCACCACCAAAACGUCCAGGUUAAUGGAGCCAUUAACUCCCUGAUUGGCCGCUCGGCGACUGCAAACCUUGCCGUGAAAGUCAAGAACUACCAUGGCCUUCCCCUCUCCUCUCCUCUCACGUCGAACUACUUCGACCACGCCCUCCACCGCGAUGAUGAGUUUUCCAUCGCUUUCUCUAUCGUCUUUGACCGUGACGUAAAUGGCAACGAUCUGGUGUUCGGAAACUUCUUCGAUCGCCCAAUUGAGCACAAACUACCCGUUGGCUUCCCUAUCCUGUCUGGCCUCGAGAAGAGGUGGGGGGACAAAUCCAUCGAGUUCAACGUGCAGGGCGACUUCCCGUCGAUCCACGCUCCAGCCCUUACGAGCUUUUCUCAGCUCCGUAUUGGCGUCGAGGGCCCAACGGAGGCUCAAAAGCUCGGCCGCCACUCCGUCGUCAUGGAGGGUUCUGACACCGAAAGCGGCUCGAACAUCUUCGCGCAGCAGGGUGUGCCCACCACCGCCAAGGGCCGCAAGCAGUUCUUCCAAGCUGCCGAAAAGCGAGAGGCGUUCUGGUUCUUCGGAGGGAUCCAGUACUUUGCCGACUUCGGCAACCACGAUUUGAACUUCCGAGACCUGUGCCUAAAGUUCCCGGGGAAGGAGCUCCCCUACUACCAGCUCUUGGAUGAUGAGGAGCACGAACUACGAUACACGUUGAAGAACGUGAAGACUGGGGAGGUUUACUUGGUGGUGGUCUUCUCCGUCGUGAUGAGCGAGGGGGAGGCCACCACCUUGUCGGACAAGCAGACUGCUGCUGCCGACCUGGUGGCUAUGGAGGAGGAGAUGGCGAAUGUGCGCCGCCAGAAUCGGUGUCGAUUCUGA